AUGGCAGGCAGCCUUAUUCUUACUGGAGCCAACGGGUCUCUCGCAAUUCACGCCGUAGAACACCUACUCAAGAAAUAUCCUCAGUACACCGCGAUCCUCACCGUCAGAGAUGCCUCGGAAACUGACGUCAACACCAAGAGACUUCGAGAUAUCAUAGCUCGAUACCCGAAAGCCAAAGUUUCCAUUCAUCAACUCGACCUCUCUAGCCUUUCCGCGACGCACAAGUUUGCCGACUCGAUCAUCUCCGGUGUGGCGGACAACCGAUACCCUCCUAUCAGCGCAUUUAUUGGAAAUGCCUACUACUGGAACCUCAUCGGAGACCCCGAAAUCACAGCUGACGGCUACGACAAGACGUUCCAGGUCAACCAUAUUGCCCAUGUGGCCUUGAUGCUUCGGUUGAUCGGGAAUUUUGGGAAUGACGGUCGCAUCGUCUUCUUAUCAACCGACGCACAUUGGCCCGGCAAGAACCCGAUGGAAGUGUAUCCGCCAGGCAUCCCUGACGACCUCAAUCUUCUGGUCAAUCCCACUGCCGACGAUGACAAGUUUGGCCGUGGUUAUCAUAGGUACGCCACAUCUAAACUGACUAUGACAAGCUGGAUAUUCGCCUUGAAUAGAUAUCUUUUAAAGAGCGAGGACCUAAGCAAGGUCGCCGCCGUCGCUAUGAAUGCGGGAAACUUGGUGGAUUCGCGUGCCCUCCGCACAAAUGCCCCGCCGAGCAUGGCAAGAAUGCAAACGUUCUUCUACAAGCCAUUCUUACCUCUGCUCCGGCUUGCCAACGGCCCGACCCUGCGAACCGCGGGCCCGGCUGGUAUUGACGUGAUCGAGAUGGCGCUUAGCCCGACAUAUGAAGGCAAGCGAGGGUUUUUCACACUGCUGGAAGAGGACCAGAGCUCCCCCGAGUCCCAAGAUGAAGAGAAGCAGCAGAGACUCUGGAAACAGAGUUUGGAAUGGGCUCAGAUUACGAAGGAGAAUACUGCGCUGAAAAGCGCUUUCGAGUAG